UACUCAGCUUCCGAAAGCUUCAGUUCAAAUGUUAUCUCAUUCAGUGGCAGUUUGCUGUGUCAGUUUUGUAUCAUGAAAUAAGAACAUAACUUUAAUUAAUAUUAGCUUCGACCUAGAAAUUAAAAGUAUUUUAAAAACACACAACUGUUGAUAAUGACAAGAGAGAUAAGGCUGAGACUUGUCGUCACUCUUCUUCUCUUUGUCGUGAUUUUGAUGCAUGUCAACUGUUACAAUCCAAAGACAAGUUGGUGGUUCAACACACACAUGAAUCAGAUAAAAGAAAAAUGUGACGACAAAGGGAAGGAAUUUUUCACGAAACUUGUGGAGAGUGUGCAGAGAUUUAAGGAAAUUUGCCAAGGCAAAUACGCGAAAAUUGAAAAGGAAUUUUGGAAAUCGUAUUCAAAUAUAACGCUGAAAUACAUGCUGCACGAGCACUGUUAUAAUGAUUUAGAUAUAAGAAACGCCGUGCUAAAUAUGACCAACAGUGUGCAGCAUUGUCUCACGAAAAGUGAACGACUGAAAAAAAAUAAUAAGAAAAUGCUCAUGAAACGAAUAUUUGAUGCUGUUUGCUCUCUUAUUGAAUUGUAUGUUUUCUUUAAUGCGAAAACUGAAUGUGAGGAUAUUAUGAGGAAAAAGUCAAGUUUUAAUCAUUGUUAUGAAAAAUAUCCUAAUGUCUGGCCGACUCACAGUUUAUGGCCUCUUCCGUUUAUUCAUCCAAAUCAAGUUUGCAAUGAAAAAAAUGGUUUACAAGAAUGUCAAUGGGACGUGGUAAGAGACUGUAUAACUUUCACGUGGUACACGAACGCAUCGUUCAAAUCACUGUUGAGCAAAGCAUGGUCAUCUAUUUUUUGCACAAAUAUGAUGCACUGAGAUUCUCCAUGUCAGCAUAAAAUUGUAUCAUUUUCUUGAAUUAUGUCAUUUAGUAACUUAAAAAAUAAACCUAUUUUUAUAACUA